UGGCCGCAUUCGCAGCUUUUCCUCUCCAGCCCGUGGGCAUUGUUGUAAAAACAGAAGGACAAUACAAGAAUAGAGUGGUGGAUAAUAGAGCCUCAAAAGGGGCAUCAGGGAAUCUGUCCUCUAUUGGAUCUGAGCGGCUCUAUCCUCGUGCAUGAGGCACUAUAUGAGAGCCGUGUGUCGGCUGAACUUCUAGUUUCACAGCGAACGGUCCCGACAGACACAGACGAGGCAUGAUUCUCAGACGGACUCCAAGUUUCGCGGUGCUGGCCCUUCAUGUGCUUUUACGGUGCCUCUGGAUGCGGGUGUGUGAGGCAUCCGGGCAUUUCGAGAUGCAGGUUUUAUCCAUGCAGAACUUGAACGGGGAGCUCCAGAGCGGUGCGUGCUGUGACGGCGGACGCGUCGCGGCGGACCGCACUUGCACGGCGGACGAGUGCGAUACAUUUUUCCGCGUGUGUUUGAAGGAGUAUCAGUCGCGGGUGUCUUCGGGGGGCCCGUGCAGCUACGGAAGCGGAUCUACUCCCGUUAUCGGUGGGAAUACUUUUUCUCUCAAGCCCCUCGACAACGCGAACGACAAAUCCCGGAUCGUGCUACCCUUCAGUUUCGCCUGGCCGAGGUCGUAUACGUUGAUUGUGGAGGCUUUGGACUUCAAUAAUGACUCGAGCACUGGCAGCAUUAAUGGACAAGUCAUAGAGAAAGCGGUCCAGUCAGGCAUGAUCAACCCAAACCGUCAAUGGCAGGUUUUGAAACACAACGGCCCCGUAGCUCAGUUUCAGUACCAGAUUCGGGUGACCUGCGAUGAGCACUACUUUGGCUUCGGCUGCAAUAAGUUCUGUCGGCCCAGAGAUGACUUCUUCGGCCACUAUACCUGCGAUCACAAUGGCAACAAGACCUGCUUGGAGGGAUGGGCUGGCCCAGAAUGCAACACUGCCAUCUGUAAGCAGGGCUGCAGCACUGAGCAUGGCUCCUGUAAAGUGCCAGGAGACUGCAGGUGUCUGUACGGCUGGCAGGGAGAAUACUGUGACCAGUGUAUCCCUCAUCCCGGAUGUGUGCACGGCACAUGCGUCGAACCCUGGCAGUGCCUGUGUGACACCAACUGGGGAGGGCAGCUCUGUGACAAAGACUUGAACACCUGUGGCACACGACAGCCUUGUCUGAACGGCGGCACCUGCAGUAACACCGGACCUGACAAAUACCACUGCGCUUGUCCUGAUGGCUACUCGGGACAGAACUGUGAGAGAGCGGAUAACGCCUGUCUGUCUGAGCCGUGUCUGAACGGAGGCAGUUGUGUGGAGUCCAGUCAGGGCUUUGAGUGUCAGUGUGCGCCGGGCUGGACUGGGCCGUCCUGCAACAUCAAUGAAGAUGACUGCAGUCCGAACCCGUGCAAUCACAGCGGCGUGUGCGUGGACCUGGUGGACGGUUUUAAAUGCAUCUGCCCCGUGCAGUGGACCGGAAAGACCUGUCUCAUUGAUGCUAAUGAGUGCGAGGAAAACCCGUGCGUCAAUGCCCACUCCUGCCGCAAUCUGAUUGGUGGAUACUUUUGCGAGUGCCUCCCUGGUUGGACGGGCCAGAAUUGCGACAUCAAUGUCAACGACUGCCACGGACAGUGUCUCAACGGAGGGCUGUGUAAGGAUCUGGUGAAUGGCUAUCGAUGUCUGUGCGCACCAGGCUUUGCAGGUGAACACUGUGAGCGAGACGUGGACGAGUGCGCCAGUCGACCCUGUCUCAACGGCGGACGCUGCCAGGACGCAGUCAACGGAUUUCAGUGUUUGUGUCCCCCGGGUUUCUCAGGUGCCACAUGUCAGCUGGACAUAGACUACUGUGAGAGCGGCCCGUGUCAGAACGGAGCACAGUGUUUUAGCCUAGCCUCAGACUACUAUUGUAAAUGUCCAGAGGACUACGAAGGCAAAAACUGCUCCCAACUUAAAGACCAUUGCCUCAUCACACCAUGUCAAGUGAUUGACAGUUGCACGGUUGCCGUGGCGUCUAACAGCACUCCGGGCGGCAUGCGGCUCAUCUCCUCUAACGUUUGUGGUCCUCACGGCCGCUGUCGAAGUCACGCCGGUGGACACUUCAGCUGCGAGUGUCAGGAAGGAUUCACCGGCACAUACUGCCAUGAGAACAUCAAUGACUGUGAAAGCAGUCCCUGCAGUAACGGCGGUACUUGCAUUGAUAAAAUCAACGCGUACCAGUGUAUCUGUGCUGAUGGGUGGGAGGGACACAACUGUGAAAGCAACAUUGACAACUGCAGCAUGAACCCUUGCCGGGAUCGAGGAGUGUGUCGUGAUCUGGUUAAUGACUUCUACUGCGAGUGUGAAAAUGGCUGGAAGGGAAAGACCUGUCACUCACGCGAGAGUCAAUGUGACGAGGCUACUUGUAACAACGGCGGCACGUGCUCUGACGAGGGUGACUCAUUUAAAUGCAUGUGUGCUCCUGGAUGGGAAGGAGCUACCUGUAAUAUAGCAAAGAACAGCAGCUGCCUGCCAAACCCCUGUGAGAACGGAGCCACGUGUGUCGUCACAGGUGACGGCUUCACCUGUGUCUGCAAAGAAGGCUGGGAGGGGCUCACCUGCAGCCAGAAUUCCAAUGACUGCAAUCCACAACCAUGCUACAACAGCGGGACGUGUGUGGACGGUGAUAACUGGUACCGCUGUGAGUGUGCCAGUGGAUUCGCGGGGCCGGACUGUCGCAUCAACAUCAAUGAGUGCCAGUCAUCUCCCUGUGCGUUCGGUUCCACGUGUGUCGAUGAAAUAAACGGCUACCGCUGCUUGUGUCCACCUGGCAGAACCGGGCCCAGAUGUCAGGAAGUCACGGGACGUCCGUGUGUGGUCGGAGGUCGGAUUGCUGUAGAUGGAGCAAAGUGGACUGAAGACUGUAACACCUGUUAUUGUCACAGAGGGAUUGUCAGCUGUACUAAGCUGUGGUGUGGCCCUAAACCUUGUCGUAUGCUUGGUUCGGGACGAGGCGACUGUCCUCUGGGUCAGCUGUGUGUGCCGGUCCGUGAUGAGCAGUGUUUUGUGAAGCCCUGCUCAUCACAGGGCGAGUGCUGGUCUGCCCACCGGCCGGCCGUACGGGCCCGCUGUCACCCCGAGAGUGACUGUGCCAACGUCACCUUUACCUUCAACAAGGACACUAUGCCACAGGGAGUGACGGUAGAGCAAGUGUGUCGUGAGCUGAGGCAUCUGUAUGUGGCUAAGAAUGUUUCGUCAGAGAUUUCCAUCUCCAUGAGCUGUGAAAUCUCUUAUGCCGCCAAUAACGAGAUCCAUGUGGCCAUCCAUGUGACUGAGGAUGGCAUUCACGGCCGGGUUCCUGUUAAAGAAAUCACAGACAGCAUCAUCGAUCUGGUGAGCAAACACAGCGCAAACAGCUCUAUCAUCGGCUCCAUCGCUGAGGUCCGCGUGCAGCGCAGACAACCACAGAACCCCAACGUAGACUACUUGGUGCCACUGCUGGUUUCCAUCGUGACGGCGAUCUGGGUUUUGGCCCUGGCGUCGGUGUUCCUGUGGUGUGUGCGGCAUCGACGCAAACAAAGCUCCAGCCCCACCGCCGUCAACCCUGCCACCCCCUACUCCAUGGGAAGCACAGAAGACAACACAGUAAACAACGCCCGCGAACAGCUCAACCAGAUCAAGAACCACAUCGAGAAGAACGCGUCCAACGGCAGCCUGCCGGGAAAAGAGCUCCACUGCGACGACAAGAACAGCGUCAACGCCAAAAUCAGGACGCAUUUCUCAGAAUCCUCCAGACUAGCGCAGGAAGACUCCAACAAGCGUCUGCAGAAGGUGCGAUUUCCACAUCAGCCGGCCUACAUGCUGGUGGACCGGGACGACAGGUUGAGCGCCAACGGCACAGACACAAAAAAUCCACGCUGGACUAAUAAACGAGACAACAGAGACCUGGAGUCGCAGCACAGAGGUCCGGAUUCACAGCAGAGAGAUCUGGACGCACAACACAGCCUGCAGAAAAUGGAGUAUAUCGUAUAGCAGACGAUACUCGGUGUGGUAACAAUCAUCCCUACGCUCAAGCGAAUGAACCAGAACGCUUGCGACAAGGCCGGGCAGUAUUUGUUCAGACACUGCGGUCGGACCACGGGCUGGUCUGAUUUAUUUUAUGGCGUCAGUAGGGUCUGAAGACACUAACCUGUGCUGAUCUUCUAGCCUAAAACUAGAAGGAAUGUAGAGUCAUCGGCCAAAAUCUGCCAAUUGUGUAAAUCUCACGAAAACAUGUCCAGGUCAAAUUUCACCCUAGAAUUCAUUGUUGACAUCAUGACGUUAUUCGAAUGACAACUAAAGGGACAGUUUACCCAAAAAAUUUUAUUUCUGUCAUCAUUCACUCACUCAAGUUUUUAACCUGAGUUUUUUUUCUUCUGUUGAACGCAAAUAUUUUAAAGAAUAUGUUGGUAACCAACAGUUCUGGGUAAUCUGGAUUAUGUAAUCAGAUUCCAAAAAUUAAGUACUUGUAAUUAGAUUACAUUUUAAAAUACUCAUAAUUAGACUAGUUACUUUUUUAAUGAUUACAUGAUUACAUAUUCACACAAUAGCAAUUUAUAUUUUAUUCAUAAUUUAUUCUCCCUAUUUCUUCUUUUUUUAUCUUUUAAAUGUUCCUUUCUAAAAUAGUCUACUGCUUAUAUACAUUCAGAAAAUAAAUAAAUAAAAUUAUACACAUUGGGAAAUCUUGACGUAAUGUAAUGUUUACUGCACUUUAUGUUGUUAAUGACAACAAAUGGAAUAUAUUUUCUUUUUUUUCAAAUCAAUAUGGUACACGAUUAUCCUAUUUUAAUGGAUUACAUUACUAACUACAAUUUUUGUCAUGUAAUUUGGAAUCAGUAACGGAUUACAAUUUGUAAGUAAUCUACCCAGCUCUGGUAAGCAAAAAGUUGACGGUAGCCAUUGGCUUACACAGUAUGGAAAAAAAUAAUAUGGAAGUCAAUGGCUGCCGUCAACUAUUUAGUCCCACACAAUCUUGAAAAUAUCUAAAUUUGUGUUCAUCAGAAGAAAGAAACUCACAGGCUCUGAACUUGAGGGUGAGUAAAUGAUGACAGCAUUUUAAUUGUUGGUGAACUAUCCCUUUAAGCACUUUUUCCGCCCAAAUUCUCUCCUUUUUUUUAAAUCCCAGUUUGUCUUCAAAAAGUGAAAUACUACAUUUUUAUACAUUACAAAUACUGUAAUGCUAGGAUUUUUUAAAAUGCAAAUCAGGAUAAAUUACUGGAAGUACAGUAAAUACUAUGUAAUUAAAAUAGCUUGAAUUAUGCUUUUGUAUUGCAUAAAACUGAGAAUUACAGGGGGAUGUGCUUAACCUUUAUAGUGCUAAACACAGGCUGUAAAAACUAUACUUUCCUAUUCCUUUGUGAUUUUGGGGAUGAAAUUAGACAUGGAAAUGUUCUUGAGAGCUUCAAGAGUUUCAUCAAGUUGUGUUCAAUUUUUAUAACGUAGAACUUAAUGCAUCAGCAAUAGCUUGUGAAUCAUUUCCAGAAAUCAGUGAUUACUGGUGCAUCGUGCUCGAAGAUUGUAUCUAACUCCCAUUUAUCGGGUUCUUGACUGGAUUUUAUUUUCCCGCUCUUUCCAACAGUUUUUAUUUAUUCUGCUUUUUUUUUUUUAACGUGUACAGGCAGACAGGUCAUGCUUAGAAUUUACUGUCUAUAUGAAGAAAUUCACUGUCUUUUUAGAUGUUGAUGUUGUAUAGAUGAAUUUGUACAUAUUUUCUAAUUAAUCAUUGUGUAUAUUUGAUUUAUUAACUUAAUAAUCGAGAGCCUAUCGUUCGUUUGUUUUUAUUUAUAUACAUUGUUUAGGUUUGAGAAUGUGACCGCUUGUGUCCGACCUUUGUAUUUUCGAAUGGAAAAUAUUGUCUCUUAUUUCUGAAAAUGCCAAAAUGAUAGUUUAUUUUUUUGAAGACUAGGGGUGUUUGUUUGUGUCUCCAGAAUACAAUGUGCAAUGUCUGUUUCAGAAAACAUGUGCAUGACUUGUGUUUGUAAUGUCCUGAGACGUAGGCUAGAUGGGUUUCCAUCUAGUUUUGAUAAACUUUUAUAGAAUGUUAUGUUUUCAUCGUGACUUUAAAAACCAUUCCUGAAUACGUUUAGCAUAUUUUCUGCUCAUAGCUGUGUCAAAUUAAUUUGGCAGCCCAGGAUAUCAAACAACGCUUGUCUAGAGUUUUCUGGU